AUGUCCGAGCGAAAGGUCCUCACCAAAUACUACCCACCGGACUUCGAUCCCUCCAAGCUCGAGCGACGGCGAGGUCCCAAGACCGGCCCCAAAGACAAGUCGCAGACCGUCCGUCUCAUGGCUCCCUUCAGCAUGCGCUGCACCUCGUGCGGCGAAUACAUCUACAAAGGCCGCAAAUUCAACGCGCGCAAGGAGACCACCGAUGAGAAAUACUACGCCAUCUCCAUCUUCAGAUUCUACAUCCGCUGUACAAGAUGCUCCGCCGAGAUCACCUUCAAGACCGAUCCAAAGAACAUGGACUACACGUGCGAGAAGGGUGCGAAGCGAAAUUUCGAGCCAUGGAGAGAGGCCAAGUUGGCAGAAGAGACGGAAGAGGAGCGCCUGGAUCGCAUCGCGAGGGAGGAGGAAGAGCGCGAUGCCAUGAAGGAUUUGGAGAAGAAGACGAUGGAUGCGAAGACAGAGAUGGCGAUCGCGGACGCAUUAGACGACGUGAGACACCGUAACGCUGCUCGCGAAAGAGCUAUCAAGGAUGGCGUGGGCGUUGCCGAAGUGCAGGAGGUGAAAGACGACGAGGCGGAACGGGAGGAGAGAGAGAUUGAAGAGCAGGCACGUCUGGCAUUUCAGGCGGGAACAGGAGACAAGGUUCGACGGCUUGAUGCAGAAAUCGAAGUCGAGAAAGAUGCGGCGCCCAAGUGCGAGGCACCCUUGUUCCAGCGAAUGAUCAAGAAGAAGAAGGAUCACUCACUUUUCAAGAAGCCUGAGACCGCUUUCUCAAAGGGAACCAUAGCCAAUACGGCCGUAGCGAUGCCGCCUACUGCCACCGCACCAGCAUCAGCGCCUGCACCCACACCUGGCCUGGGCCUGGGUGCCUACGAUUCGGAUGAAGAUUAG